AUGAAAGUAGUUCAAAAUCCAACAUAAUAUUUCUUUGAACAAUCAAAUAAUCCACCAACUGAAUAUUUAUCAAAAAUUAAUGAAUUUGUUAGCAAAUUACUUAAUCAAAGAUAAUGCAUAUUAUGCAAAAAUGAUUAUAAUAUGAAAGAUAGGUUGCCUAGAAUAUUAAUUCAUUGUGGUCAUACAAUUUGUACAGCUUGUCUCACUAAUUUUUAUAGGUAAUAUAAAAUUCUUAUAAUUUAUUUAGAAAUAGAAGAGUAAGAUGUCCACUUUGUUUAAAAUUAAUUAAACAUCUUGAUUCAGUUGAUAGAUUACCAGUAAAAGAAUAAUAUUAAUAGAUAGAUUAAUCAUACAAUUUUCACUAGAAUGGCAGAUGAUAUCAAUAAUAAGAGUAAAUAACAUGGAGGUACAGAAGUCAUAGAUCCAUAGCAAUAUUUAUUUACAUAAUUUCAAUAAUCAGCAUUAUAAUCAUAAAAAGCACGUCAAUAAUAAUAAAAUGCAUAUCCUUAAGUAGAUCCAGAUUCAGGAUUAGAAUUUUGUGAAUUUCAUAAUGACAGAGUGAAACAUUUCUUUUGUAUGAAACAUAAAGUGACAUGUUGUAGAGUAUGUUCAGAUAUGAUUCAUUAAAAGAAAGUAUAAAUGAAUAAAAUUACAAUAGGAUUGUAUUGUUGUGGAUUUAUAUGAAAUUGAAGAUGUACCAGCAUUUUUAAAAGAAGCAUACAAAUUGAAUGAAGAUAAUGCAUAAUAAUAAAAUCAAAGAAGAGAAGAUAUGGGUUUCAUUUAAGAUGGAGAAGCAAGUAAAAUAGAUUUGUUAUAAUUUUAGAUGAUGGUGAAAAUUAGUUUAAUGAUGAAGAUUUGGAAGAUGAAUUUGAAGGAAACAGUAUUCAAAGCAUAUGAAUAUAUUAAAUAU